ACGCACGUAGUGUGGUGUUCGGUUGGCGUGGGGCAGGCCAGUCGAAUUUGAGUACAAGCCGUGACUAACAACACACAACGCAGAAGCCUGGCCGCAAUUCACAUCACUCACACGACAACUAAACAAGGACCGUGUUGGACUGUUAGCAUGUGACCGUGGUUGGAGCCACAUGCGACCCUUGUGAUCUCAGUGCUGACUCGGUCAUAUACUGUGUUGCCAUUCUUUUCUCCAACUUGAUGAACUAUCGGAAGUUACAAGCUUGUGGUAGAAGUUUACGAGUUAUUUCAUCGAUAAUCUACAUCUUUUACUCAAAUUUUUGGGGGUUGGGGUAUAAAUGCCAUGAAUCUAUCAGGAGGAUCCAUCGAGCCACAAAACUCAGACAUGCCAGCCUCUGUACAUCACCCUCCCACCUCCCUACAACACCACCAUCAGCACCAUCCGCCAACUCUGCUACUCCGAACCGAGAAACCGUACCCACGGACUCCCAAAUGCGCCCGCUGCCGAAACCACGGCGUGGUCUCGGCGCUCAAGGGUCACAAACGCUACUGCCGAUGGCGGGACUGCGUUUGUGCCAAGUGCACGUUGAUCGCCGAGCGUCAACGCGUUAUGGCGGCACAGGUAGCGUUGAGGAGACAACAGGCACAAGAGGAAAACGAAGCUAAAGAAUUGGGGCUUUACUACGAGACUUCUGACGGGGCUAUCUAUGCGAUGAACGGGGUUGCCGUCCAGACACACAAGCCUUACGAUCAGUACCAUGGCGGUACCAGUCCCGAAUCUAAAAGGCCCAGGCUGGAGAUUAUUCGAGCACCAAGCAGUCCAUCAGCAAGCUGUGCCUCCGCUUUAAGUCCUCCUAACCCCGCCUCCCCGAACCUGACAGUGGAGCCACACCCAAGGACAGACCCCGACAUAAUAUCACAGAGACACGUUGAUGAACGAGUGUCCCCACCCAUGAGGCUGACCUCCCCCACGCCUAGCCCGCGGGGUGACGUGCCGUCUAGUCCCCGCUCUGAAGGUAGCGGUCGUAUGUUACGGGAGGACUACACCGACCGGGACUCUUACCGAGAGCACAACGGUAGCGGGUUCGUAGACCAGCUCAGCCCGGCCCAGAUCCUGAGUUUCCACGGUCGGUCUAAGGGACCUCAGAGGCCACCAGUCGAUGUCUUAUGCCGAUUAUUCCCGGCUCAGAAACGUAGUGUGCUGCAACUCGUCCUACAAGGCUGUAAUGGGGACAUCACUCAGGCUAUUGAGCAGCUUCUCAACAACCAGAGAGACGAGCAGUCCACCACGUCCAUGCCAACAUCUCUACCGGUCACAGGAGCGCCAGUCACGGCAGCCUUACCGGCCAAUUUCCCACCGACAGCCACCGUCACCACGGACUCUCAUGGGGCUUACAUCACCCACAGACCCUAUCUACCGAACAGUCAACACCUGAACCCAGGCGGUAUGAAGUCGGCCUUUUCUCCCCUAACCACGGCCAUCCCGGUGCCUAACGUUGAUAAGGCUCCUCCCACGGUAGUUGCUUCUAACAUCCCACAGAUGCGAUUUGCUUACCCUCCCUACCCCCGGGGAUUAACCCUCUGGAACCCCUACCCUCCCUCCGUCAUACCAACAGCAUUCGGGGUGCGACCUGCUACUGCUGCAGACUACACGUUCAGUGGAAUCAUGCGUGAUCUCAGCAACGGCCAUAGUGGGAAGGAUUGUCGGCCAAACGGAACAUUUGGUGUUGGUGCAACCUGCGACUAACAAUUACCAAAAAAAAGUUAAAUUAAAAGACUCUACUGAGAGACUUGUUUGUGGGGAAAAUUAAAUUAUCUAAAUGUCUUAUCAACUUUCAUUGCCAUUCAACUUGAGUUAAGUUUCAAAUUAUCUCACUUUCUUGCAGUUCCCGGUGAGCCUAACAUCCAAAAAAAUAAUAAUAACUUGCCUUGACAAUGUCUAAUACCCGAUAAACGUGCAGAUUCAUUAAAAAAUAUGUUUUAGAACGACAUCAGCAUUGAUGAAGGCCUAAUCACUACCCUAAUCACUACCCUUAGCACCCCCCCCCUCCCCCUAGAUACAUGGACGCGAACCCUGACACACUUUUGCCAAAUACCAAUGCUCUCCUUUUCAGGUAGUUGGCGUGCAUUUCUCCUUAUUGUCAACCUAGAAACCCGCACAAUGUACCGGUUUUUGCUGAUGUCAGUCCGCAUCUUAUUUCGUUUAAAUGUAGAGUCCAUUGCAUCGACAGAGUACGAACUCGUUUCUUCGCACCUGCUAACAUGGACUUAUCCACCAAAAUGAAAUGGAAUUCUUCCUAAUGUUGUAUGAAGGGCGGGGCGUUUGAAAACCUAAUGGUGUUGGUACCAAUUGACCAAUCUACUUUUACACAGUCUGUGCUAAAAAUCGACUUUCGUGCAGAUAAACGCUUCCUCUAUUGCUAUUCUGCACUGUACGUAUAUUAACUGUGACAGGGUAUUAUUGAACAUAACGUUGCACUAUAUUGGUAAUAUGAUCCGAGUAAUUCUCACAAUAAUUAUUUGCAUGUAGAAAACACUGAAAUGUAACGACGCACACUCGAUGAUUUUGCGAAGAUUCACAAUUUAAUGAUCUGCACUGUAAAUAUCGUAACAUUCAAUGUAACAUUUAAUGAACAACCUACACAGUGCACAGCAUGAAAUAUAUAUCUAUAUAUAUUUCUUAUGUUGAAAUUGUCUGACAUGUUCCCCAAUUCGAGUCUGUUCUUUGUACACUUUUAUAUUUUAAGUGAGCAUUUACUUUUCGUACGUGCUUCAACUUAAACUUCGUUAAUGGAAAUCAAGUGUUUAGAAUUCAAAGACAAUAGAAGGGGGAGACAUGCAUCCCUCAUUCAUAAAAUGUUGUUAUACACCUCCAACUGAUACCGAGGUUAGGUUAACACUAUUGCAGACGACGAUCACAAACUGAAAAAAUCAGGGAUGUUUUCUUUAUUAAUACGUACAGUUGUCUUCACAUUACUGAAGACGACAUUAAACUUUACAGGGUAUUUCUCAGCUAACUAAAACAAAUUUGGAGGGGUUGUUUUAUCGUUUAAUUAACGAAAUAUCCCGCCAACACAUAAAUACCUUUUAUUAUUUUAAAAUCUCUCCACCUAACUAAUUUUGUAUUGUUUGUAUUCUUUCAGAAUUGUAAAUGUACAUGUAUGUAUAUAAGUAAGAAGUUAAUGAGAUCUAACGACUGUUUUGUGGAAGUAAUAAUGUUAUGAGGGUUGUGUUUUGUUUCCACGUCAAAAUCAACAUAAAUAGCUUGAUCGAUCCAAAUGGUCCUAAACAGCUGGGUUUUACUAGGUUUAAGACUUUUCUAUAAGCUUUACUCUGUAAAGGGAUAAAUGUAUAUUUCAUUCCCAAGGAAUAUACCCGAUAACGGCAAUUUAUAAACAAAUAGGCCUAUAUAUAUAUAUAAAAAAAAAGUCAUUGCGAACAUGUUUGUGGCAAAUGGUCUUAAGAUGCUGUCUGAAAUUCCUAGCUUUCCGUCAUUUUUUUCUCCAAAAUUACCUUCAUUCGAAAGUAUUAAAUCAUCUCUUAUUUCCCCAAACAAUUCCAAAUAAUUUUGCCUUCUCAUAAUUUUUCUCAUUAAAAUCAGGACCAGGCAAAUUAUUGUUAAUACAGCCCACCCCCCUAUAUAAUAAAAGGACCGUGCCUUUUUCCGCGUGUCACAGAAAUACUUUCAGAAGUUUAAUCUCUUUUCGCAAUGUUAUUUAAUUGUAAUAUAGUACAGCAUAUUGUGAUCUUAUUUCAUUACCUAAUUGUUCUUGAAAAAAAAAAUUAUACACACGUUGUAAUUCACCCGCACAACCCUUUUUUGUACAUUUUUUUUUCUUAAAAAAAAGUGAUUUUCGUUGUACUGGUGGCAUUUUGAAGGGGGUGCACAAAUCGAAAUGGUUUUAGUUUCAUAUACUAGAGAUUGUUUUGUAGGUGGCGGACGUGGUUAUCUAUCUGGUAUUCUAUCUCAUGUACUGUAUAAGAGUGCUGAAAAGAAAGUUUUAUGUAAAUUUCUCAUUAAAGAAACAAGGAAUCUCAAUAACGUGCUACAGUUUUAAGUUUUUGAACUCGGUUGCGACAAAUGUAGAUGUGGCGAUAACUACUAUGUGUGACGAUUGUCGUCGGAUGACUUUGUCCUAGUCUUCGUCGUCAGUAAUAUUUUAUCGUCAUUUCAACUGUGCCUGUAGCUUCGUUUGUGUUUGGAGCUAUUCUUCGAGGUUUAUA